AUGGAGUUGAACAUCAAACACGAAGACUCAUUGUUGAGACGAGAGACGCCUUCACUACAAACUCACCUCACUCUCCAUUACUCCAAUCCAUGCACCUUCUUCUUCCUCAUCCUCCUCCUCAAGGUGAGUCACCUCACAUUCCUCACUCUCACCACUUAACUAGGGUUAGGGUUUUUACUUUUUCAUUUUGAUUCAAUCACUUUCCAAUCCCACAUUCAUUUUUCAUCUUCCUCUACUAGAAUGUUGGAACCCGAGCGUGGUUCGAGUUCCGAAGCUGGGAUUUUAUCUUCCGGCUUCUCACAUGUUCGUCAGGAGGAGGUUGACGGUGGCCAUUUUCCGCCACGAAAUCCUUUCAGGCAUUCGGAGCUAGAGGAGGAACGACGAGAGCUAGAGGAACAACGAAUUGCUACUUCUUAUAGAAGAGACUUUACGGUAUUGGGUGACAAUGAGAAUGUUCGGGAGGAUACCUGGUCUUGUGUCAUCGUCCUCCUUACCUUUUGGUUCUUCAUAUCGAUGACUAUAAUUCUGGGCGUAUAUGGGUCUGUAAAUGUUCAGCUUGGUCCAAAUUGUUCACUUCUUUUGCAACCUAACUGUAUAUUUGUGCAGUCUAUGAAGCUGGAAGAGUUAAAUGGAUCAAAGCCUGGCCCCAUGGUCUAUGGUUUUCAUAAACCUCCGCCUCUUGAUGUUGUUAAAAUUUGGUCAGAAACUUAUAAAUUGUCUAUCUCGAUGGAUUCUUACAAGGAUUUGAUGUACAACUUAAAUGUUGGGUCUCAAAUAAAUAUAUCAUAUACCGUGAACUCUCCGAGUUCAUCUAUUAUCCUUAUAAUUGCCGAAGGGAAUGAAGGUCUGACUCGAUGGCUUGAGAACCCAACACAUGUCAAUUCUACUUUAUCAUGGAAUAUUAUUCAUGGAAGUGGUAUGAUUAGCCAAGGUAUCUCAAAGUCUUCUAGUUAUUAUGUUGCAGCGGGUAACUUGAAUUCAGAGGAUGUGGAGGUGAAACUAAAAAUAAGAAUAAGGGCUUCCCAAUAUGAUACAAGUGAAGCCUAUUACAAAUGCAAUAUCAGUGAAGGGCCCUGUAGCAUGCAAAUUCUAUUCCCUGAGGGAAAUGCAGCUGUCUUAACCAAUCUUGGUCCUGAUCAGGUUGCAGCUGGCCCUAAGUUGUAUGUCAAACUCACCUAUGGGCCGAGAUGGGCCACAUAUAUUGUUGGUAUAGGUUCGAUGACCAUGCUCAUGUUAUUCCUCUUCAACUUCCUGGAUAAGUGCCACUCCACUCGUGAUGGAACUGGAGGCCAUAAUGAAGUGAUACAACCUGAGAGACACCCAUUGCUUUCUAACAAAGAUGAUGAUCUUUCAAGUUGGGGUUCAUCUUAUGAAUCUGUAUCCCAGGAUGAGGAAGAUCUGGCAAUUGGUUCCAUAGAGGGGAAAUCUAUUGAAGAUGGGGAAAAUAGUAAUAACACUCGACGCCUUUGUGCAAUAUGCUUUGAUGCUCCUAGGGACUGCUUUUUCCUUCCGUGCGGGCACUGUGUGGCUUGUUUUGAAUGUGGAACCAGGAUAUCAGAGGCAGAAGGCACAUGCCCAAUAUGUCGCCGGAAGAUGAAGAAGGUGAGGAAGAUUUUUACUGUCUAAAGCAUUACACCGACACCGCUAUCUUUGAAGGUGACGUGCUUACAUGUCUAGUACUACUUACCUUCUUUCCUGACAAAUUAUGACAUCAUUGGAAGAAAUUUUAGCUGAGUUUUGAAGUAUAGAACUAGAAAGUGCAUUGAGUAUUGCCUUUUUGUUUCUUCAAAAAAGGCUUUCCAUGUUUUCCCAUUCUUUCUCUUGGUAUAGAUAGAAUCAUCAAAAUUGACUCAUAUAAAAUUGUCUAUAAUUUCUCCCACUUUGGACUUGAGUGGGUCUUCUAAAUGAAAAGGCCUGGCCUAGAGAAGUAGUUUUUGUUUUGAUA